AUGUUACCUUCUAGAAAUCUCACAAACGGUACACGAGAUGUCAAAAUGGAAUCUCAAUUAAAUCGUCGAAAUGGAGCACGACGCCGCAGCGUUGAGAUCAACGACGCGAUUUUGGCCAAGGAUUAUCGAGAAAAGAAACCUACCUGGACUUCCGGUUUCAUCACGCGCCGUGUUGGAAACACAACCUACACUGUUCGCUGUAGAAACCAAGUAUGGACUCGGCACGUAAACCAGUUGCGACCCAGAAUUGGCACAACUGCGACUAACGCUUUCUUGGAUGUGUUCGACGACUACUACUCGACUCCGCAGCAAGGACGAUGA